AUGAUAUAUCGGCUAACACUCCUAAUAAUUCUAACACUUACGAUUUUCUUCUAGCCAGCACUACUUAAAGGUUCUAAGAAGAAGAAAAGCCUGAGUCCAGUGGAGAAAAAGCUUAAGAACUUGAAAGAGGAGUAUAGAAAGACCAAAUGCGCACAUUUAGGAGAUGAAAUGGCCAGUUAAUGCUACUACUACUACAUUAGUCCCCACUGCUUCAAGCAGGUGUUUGGAGAGACUGGAGUUGAAUGGGGUGAGUUUCUAGGGAAUAAAGAUCAAGAUUAUACUGAUUGCUAUAAGAAAAUACAGACAGGUAAAUGA